AUGGGGUGGAGCGGGUGGAUUCAACUCUUCCUAUUGGCUGGGCUCGGGCGCGCUGGGCUCGGAAAACAUCGCGCCAAUGCUUCCCACUAUCCUUACGAGGAUUUGAUCUCUGAAACUGUGGCUUACUGCUAUACAGCAUUGGUGCGCGAUUCGGGAUGUUGCUUGGAUCAGAAGUAUGGCAAAGGUGUCCGGAAAAAGACAGUUCGGCGACCUGGUGUUGGCUGGCUUUGUGACAAAGCUUGCUACGACGAUACGAAAGGUUAUCGUGGCGAUGAUUUGCUGUGGAUCCCCGAGGGCGCCAGCUGCGAGUCUCCACGGCUCCUGUGGAUCCACGGCGGGAGUUGGGAGUAUGGUUCGCCUGACACCUUGUCCUAUGGCCAGCUGGCUUCGAAGAUAGCAGAGCUCUCCGGGGCGAUUGUCAUGGUGCCUGACUUCCCCUUGACUCCCGUGGGCGACUACCAUGUGAUUAUGCAAGCCCUCCUGGACGCCUUGCGCUGGUUGGCCGAGACACCCUUGAACCCUGAGCUUCAUUGCCCCAGCGGCUCCGCCCCACUGCUGGUCGGUGGCGACUCGGCGGGCGGCGGCACGGCUCUCUCAUUGAUUAUGGUGCUGAAGCAUGGGGCUGGAUGGAUUCCUGAAGGAGUUGCUAUCACUGAGCCGGAGACGCUGCUUCAGCAAGCGCAGAUCCUGGCUGGCGGCGUUUUCUUUAGCCCGUGGACAAACCUGAAAUGUGACACGCCGGACUACUAUUACAACGCUUUCGCCAAAAUUGUCGACAAGAAGGCCUUCAAAGAUCCCAGCUCGGGCAUUGCCUAUGUGGGGGAUUUGAUGUUCCGCGGGCAUCCCGAGGAAAACCUGGACGAGUUCACGGCCAAUGCCAAGAGUUACAUCGGGAGCAAUGUGGACCUUUUGACCGACCCCAUCGCUUCUCCUUUCUGGAGCACGGAGCAGGAAUUAGGAGGCGGGGGCAUCCCACCGCUCCUCUUCGCCGUGGGGGGAUCCGAGUCGAUCCUGGGAGAUAGCAUGAUCGUGGCGCAGAAAGCAGCCUUCUAUGGCGCGAGUGUCCAUGUGGAUGUGCAUGUGGGGAUGUGGCACGACUUCCCCAUGUAUUCCGAAGGCUGUGGCAGUGGCUAUGCACUUUGGCAAGCCGCUUUAGCCUUGAACCGCACGGCCACCUUCAUCCAGAAGGUCGCCUCCCGGAAGCUCACGGCCACUCGCCUGGGCUUGGUGUGGCCUCCCUCCAGCUCCACGCCCGGCACACCCAAGACCAGGUACAUCUACGACGUCACGCGGCCUGGGGCCGAAAAGCACCUUGGCAAGACAGAUCGUGCCAGCUGGUGGUUUCCGAAGUCUCUUUUGAGCCCCAUGAGCGGCGAUGUUCACUUUGAUGAGAUUCCUUGGCCGUCGACACCAGUGUCACCUGGAGUGAUGGACUUGAGCCCUUGGUUGCCAUGGUUGGUUCUCCUCUUGAUCUUUGCUUCGGGCCUGGCCCAAAUGACCUACGCCGACGCAGCGCAAGCACGGCUCGAUGCACUCAAGUCACUGCGACAGUUCAUGACUGAUCUCCUGAUCGAGCACAGCCGCUUCACAAACGAGCGCUUUGAUGGAGGCUUUGAUCAGCAGGGCUUCCUGUCCCGAUGCUCCGACACCGAACGACCCUUCUUGAAAGAGAUGACCUCGACGCAAAUGUGGGCCAGCUGGAUCAGUCGGCGCUUAGACCGAUCCAGAGAGGAUUCCACCGAGGUGCUGUUGUUCGACGAGGUGAUUGCGCAGAAGUUGAAUCGGAAGACCUUCACGCUCAACAAGUGGGCGACGCCCUUCUUGAGCCUGGACUUCUCCGCGCGGAUGCAAGAAGGAGGCCACUACAGAGUCCCAGACCCGCCACCCUCGGAUGUGCCUGGGGCCACGGGUGAUUUCUCCACAGGUGCUGAUUGGCGUUUAGACGAGCCGGGACCUGAGGUGAUGCCGAUCCACAGCGCCAACGAUACAUGA